AUGUCUCCUAAGGCCGUUGAGAUCAAAGCCAAGGGACACGGGAAGAUCGGUGCUCCUCAAAUACGUGCUUGGCACUUUCUACAGCGUCAGAUACCCAAUGCUAAUGAGCAGUCGCCAUCAAUGCCCCAGAUACGCAAGACAAUAGCAUGUCGUAUCCACCAGUAUCCAAGCUCAAGCGCCUUCAUCAAGAAACUUGAAGGAGAGAGCACCCGGCUCCAAAGCGAGCUGCAAGAAGAGAAGACGAGGCUUAGGGAAGAGUUGGCCAUCAAGAAAGGCGCGCGUGCUGAUGCGGAGAAGAGGGAAAUGAUUGCAGCAAUUGAAGCCAAGGAAGAAAAGUCUCUGCUGAGGAAGGAGACGGAUAUCGCGAACCAGCAGUUGGCUGCGAGAGAACGUUUGGAGCUCGAGCUUAGCACCGUGAAGCUGGAGCUUUGGAAACUGAAGAACGCUCACGGCUAUUGA